CCUUUGAAACCAGCGGAACAUACUGGACUGAAUGAAGGCAGAUACGUGGUACCUGCAGAGUGGACCCUCCAGAGCUCUGUGGUCCAUAGAUACAGUUCGAACACCGAAACCGGUUGAUGGUGGUCUCCUGUUGAAAUGAGAGAGUUUGGAUCCAGAUGAACAUCCAGCACCGCGGGAUUACGCACAUCACGCCCACCCGUGGAGCCUCUUCCACGUCCUUUUAGUCGCCGUCCACGAUGCCGUGGACACCUUUGUCUCUGCUGGACAUUUAGGCUGAAGGACCGCGCGUGUGGUUGGGUCUGGAGACCGUUUGGAGCAGAAUUUUCCGAAUAUGGAUUCGAGGGGAGCGCUGCAUCUGUGCCUGUUGGUCCUGGCUGCAGAGUCGCUGUGUGGACUCCCCACAGACCGGAACAUCACAGAGUCCAGUCCUCAGUUUCACAGAAAUGCUGAUUUUUAGCUCCAACAAGGUGAUUCAGCAGGAAACGUCAGGAUCACCUGGAGGAUUUAGGAGCACCUUGUCCUGCUUGUUGAGAAGUUGAAAGAUCGUUAAUGGCCUGUUCUUGUAUAUCAAGUCUGAGGACCACAAACGGCUUUCUACAGUCCGUCAUCCACCCACCCAUUCAUUCACACAGUGACAGUGGUAAGCUACAAUGUAGCCACAGCUGCCCUGGGCCAAUCGGCUCCACCAGGCACUCUGACCGCCAUCAGCAGGCAAGGUUUCAAACUCUCAGCGAGGGAUGUAGGCGGGAAGAGGUCCUGCUUUAACUGAAGAAUCCUGCAUAGAUGCUCAGCUGCUCCCAGCAGAACCGCUCAGGCUGCUGUUGCAUUUUAAAGAAGAGCAGAGCCAAGGAAAGACAAGAGCACCUUAAUUUGGAACAUCUUCAGCAGGAAAACCUUCUACAGACUCUUCAUUUUCCAUCUUCCCCCUCCUCCAGAGACCACAUGUCCCAGCAUCAUCACCAGGAUCUCCUCCCACCACCUGUACCCGAGGUGGAGCCUGAAGCCUUCAUCCUAGAUCUGAGGAGCUUCCCCGGUCUGGCCAAUGCAGAUGUGGGCUCUCAGAAUCCUAAUAUCCAGGUGACCAUCGAAGUGGUGGAGGACUCCCAGACAGACACAGAGGUAGAGAUGGACCUUGCCAGGGAGGACCAGCGGAACAAUUGGUCCGGUUCAUCAUCUGAGUGGAUCAACAGCCACCGUAAGCUGUUCUGGCCUCUGUUCUUGGUAUACCCAGAACAGCCAGAGAACAGGCUGGGAGGAACCAGUUCUGAAGAACAGUCUGAGGACUACAGCUACAAUCCAGGGGAUCCUGUCCUGAAUGGAGUGGGUGCAGACUCGGGGAGAAGCUGGAAGAAAGAUUGGGAGACAAAGGACAACUUUGAGUAUGAAGAGUGGGGUGACUGGGCUCCGUGCAGCGUCACUUGUGGAUCUGGAUCUCAGAAACGAACCCGAUCCUGCGGCCAUGCGUGCACAGCAACUGAAUCACGCACAUGUGACCUGGAGAGCUGUCCCAACGCUGUGAUCUCAGCAACUGAGGCAACAUCUGUCCACACGAGCAUCACCGACUCUAGUUUAACUUCACCAGGUGUGGACAGCUGUGAAAAGUGGCUGAGCUGCAGGAACGAGUUCCUCCACAAGUACCUGCACCAGGUGCUUACCAAGCUGCCCAGCUGUCCCUGCUCCUACCCAUCUGAGGUCAUCUAUGGCGCCAUCAACAUCCAGGACUCCGUACUCCGAAAGACCUACCGCUGGAGAGACGCCAGCGGACCCAAAGAGCGGCUGGACAUCUACAAGCCUUCGGCCCGGUUUUGCAUCCACUCCAUGCUAUCGUACGACAGCACAACGCUGGGGGCGCAGCACUGCUGCUACGACAACAGCAUGAGGCUGAUAACACGUGGCAGAGGAGCUGGAGCGCCAAACCUGAUCAGCACUGAGUUCUCCCCAGAGCUGCACUACAAGGUGGAUGUCUUGCCCUGGAUCCUGUGCAAAGGGGACUGGAGCAGGUUUCAUUCAGUGAGGCCACCGAAUAACAGGCUGGAGUGCACGGAGAACCCUACUGAGCUGGUGUUCCAGAUGGAGCUCAAAGAGGCCCAAGAAUACUGAAGACUGGUUCUGAGAGAACUUUAAAAACAGAGAACAAUCUGUGCAUGAAAUGAGACCAUCUGACCUGAGCAGCUCUCUGUGUGUGUGUGUGUGUGUGUGUGUGUGUGUUCCUGUUUGUGCACUGAGUGAGGAUCGUUUGUUGUACAGUGAGGAUGUUCUCAUGGUCCUCACUUGCUAUCUUACCAGGGGUUAGGUUUAGAACUAAGGUAUGACUUGAGUUAAGGUUAGGCUUAUAGUUAAAUAUGUACUGGUAACGGUUAGGUUUAGGGCUAGGGUCAGAGUUACGCCAUAGAAAGGGUUGAAAAUCAAUGAGAGUCAAUGCAAUGUCCUCACAACAUAUAGGAAGACAAUAGUGUGUGUGUGUGUGUGUGUGUGUGUGAAGAAGGUUAUUUAUUAUCCAGGGAGGUUAAUCAUAGAGAAAAUUCAUGUGAUGCUGCUAAACAGGAAAUGAAUUGUUAACUGGUCCAGUAUAAAAUAUGAUUUUGUUGAUCUUUAUUAAAAAAGAAAGAAUACUAUUAUUAUUAUUAUUAUUAUAGCUUCCCUUUUUGUCUAAAGAAUAGAACCAGCAUUGGAUCCUAAGAUAAAAGCCUAACAAGUUAUUUUUCCAUCAUUUAAAACUGGGGAAAAUAUGUGAUCAGAUGUACAAGAUCCUUCUGGUUUGACAAUAUUUAGUAAAAAGAACCCAGCAUCACAUUAUUCACUCAAAGUCUUCACACAAAAAAAUCCCAAUCCAACUGCUUUUAUUAAAAAACAAGCAACAAUCAUUCCCACUGUUAAUGAAAUAAUUAUUACAGUUCUCAUCCUGUUACCUAAAACAUUGAGUCAUUUUGGUACCUAGACUUAAACUAUAGAAUAAAGGUGGGCUAAAUGUAAUUUUCCUGUUUGCUAUUCUGCUAUAUUAUAACACAUGUCUAACAAGCUGAUUUUAGUGGGGCUAUCUGCUGUGGUAAAGCCUACAAUCAUCUGCUCAACACACGCACUGCUCAUAGCUUGCCAAACUGUAGCUGUAAAACACCUUACCUUAAUUGGAGUGAUAAGUGGCGCUCCUUUAAUUUAAAAUGUAGCAGCUUUGGUAAAGCUAGUUGACCAGCAGUGCACAGCAACAGGUGGGAGAGGGGCAAAAGCCACUGCUGAUCCUUCUCUGACGUCUCAUUAAAAGGACUACAAACUGCAGGAAGGAUGUGAUGGGAACGUUGACUGGUUUACCCUGACACCAGUGACCUCUUGAUCUCCCACACAGGGAGCUAAAACUCAGCAAGCUUUAACUGACAGCUGUUUGCUAAAAGAGGAAAGCAAACGUUCUUGAGUCGACUGCUGUAACCUGUCUGUGAUGCUCAGCUCCUCAUCUCUGUUUGAUCAGCUCUCUUUGCCUCAGAGUUGUUGCUUCUGGGAAUUUUCACUCUCAAAUUGAAGCUGCCUGUGAAGGAGAAGGGUGUGAUGAUGGAAGGAAAUCACACUGAUUGCUUUGUGUUUUAAAGUAUUUCAGAGUCAACAUACAGACACAUGAGAAUAAAUGUUUCUUUGAACAUUUUUACUGAAAACAGGGGAUGCUAAAGUAAUCAUGUUAAAGAUUAGGAGUUCCUCCUACUGCGUAACUCACCCUAACCCUGCUAUUUCUUUUAUACUGUUCAAUUGUUAGGAUUAAUUGGAAUGUAUGAACCUGACUGUUGUGAAGUGCCUUGAGACAACAUGUGUUGUGAAUUGGCGCUAUAUAAAUAAAACUGAAUUGAAUUGAA